UGUGCUUUCUUCCCAAUACUCUCCACGUUAAGUUGAAGAAAUUCAAUUAAGUGUGGCUGAACGGCGGGAUACAAAUUGUGCAAAAGCAAAUUGGUAAUGGGAACAGACACAUUUAAAAAAAACAGUCAAAUGUCACAGGUAAUCAUAAAAAUAGACGGAUUUUGAGACGUGUGGUUAAGUAUAUCGCAAAUGUGUAAUAGAAACACAAUUUUUGCGUUUCACGUCAUAUGACAUGGCCUCCAACCACGUACAGGUAGAUAUACCACAUCCAAAAUGGCGCAGGUGUUGACGUGUCGUUGCAGGGGAUCCAUAGGUUUAAGCGUCAUCUAUGAAUGCAUCCUUGUCUGUGAGUCUUUUGCUGUCAGCUGUACAUUGACCAUUGUCGGCCACCGUAGAAGGGUUCUCCAUAGUCCAUCUGUGAUUGUUUUGCCAAACAGUCCUAAUGUAGGUUCACAACUAAUCUUAAGACUAGGUCUGGUAGGCAGCGCAUCUUCUUCUGACACUUAAAUACAUUAUGGAGUUUUUGCUUCAAGUGAAAGUCGGCGCUCUGUUUGGUUUGCUGCUCCUAACUCUUUUUUUCGGUUUCAUCCCCGCUCGAGUCACAUGGUUCAGAGACACAAACGGGACAGAGACUCAUCGCACAGUUUUGAGUUUAAUAAGCUGCUUUGCCGGUGGAGUCUUCCUGGCAGCAUGUUUGCUGGAUAUCAUCCCAGAUUACCUGGUGGACAUCAAUGCCGUCCUGGAGUCCAACAUGAUUGAGAUUAACUUUCCCCUUCCUGAGUUCAUCAUGGCUGCCGGCUUCUUCAUGGUCCUUAUAUUGGAGAGGAUCGUUCUGAACUGUCGGGAGAUGGGUGGGACUGCGGAUGAGAGAGCUCCACUUAUACAGGACAACAGGAAUGGCCAUGGCCACGGCCACGGCCAUGGCCACGGUCACGGCCACGACUCCACUGUGACUCCAGAUGUGGAGAACAGCGGCCACCAUGUCCAUGUCGACUUUCAGGCCCACUCGCCUUUUCGCUCAUUUAUGCUCUUCCUCUCGUUGUCGCUCCACUCAGUUUUCGAGGGGCUGGCUAUCGGCCUGCAGGACACUGACUCGAAGGUGUUGGAAAUCUGCAUUGCCAUACUGGUCCACAAGAGCAUCAUCGUGUUCAGCCUGUCAGUGAAGCUGGUCCAGAGCGCCGUUCGUCCCGCGUGGGUGGCCGCUUACAUCGGCGUGUUCGCCAUCAUGUCGCCUUUGGGCAUCGCCAUCGGCAUCAGCGUGAUUGAGGCCCAGCUGCCGGCCGGAGCGCUCAUCCAAUCUUUCCUGGAGGGCCUGGCGGCGGGCACCUUCAUCUACAUCACCUUCCUCGAGAUCCUCCCGCAUGAGCUCAACUCCCCCGGGAAGCAGCUGCUCAAGGUGCUCUUCCUCCUGCUGGGCUUCGCCGUCAUGGCCUCACUCACCUUUUUGGGCUGAGGGCACGAGAUGUUGAAGUCGGCCAGGGUGCUCGUCAAGAUUUUGGCUUUGUUUUUGGAUUCCUCUUCUGUUGUAAGUGUGCAGAGGGCAUUUCUCUCCACGUUUAUGACAGUGUUUCCGUUGCAGGUCCUUGACUUUUCAUCAUCCACCGCAGGUGCAUUUUUGAGGGAACACAUUAACAAUGCUUGAUGUUUUUAGACCUUUCGGUGUACUUUUUAAGAUGUUUCAUGAAUGAUAUCUAAAUGUAAGUUAUUUCAUUUCAGAGUUUUAUGUGAACAGGGCCUGUUUAAUCAUCAAGUAAGUCAAAGGGUAAACGGGGGCGUAUAGGAACUGUUACGUAUCACCGGCCAAACACUUUGAACCUGACUGAAGAAACCACUGGAGAUGUUUACUUUGUGUAUUUUAUCCAAUCAUGUCACAUAAUUAGCAUCUACAUUUGUUUCCGUUUACAUUUGCUUCAUUUGAUUCAAAUGAGAUGUGUUUCCCGACAAGUGCCUCCACGUUUGCGUACGUACUUAAUUUACCAAGAAGUUAUUUUUCCUUUUGUCUUUGCUUCAAGUAGUCUAUCACUGACCUCAUGACCUUUGAUUUGUACUGUUAAUAUGUUAUUACACUUCCUUUAGCCUA